AUGAAGCAAGGAGAUUCUACAGUUAGAGAAUACAAUACAUUGUUCCUAAAAUCUGGUAUGCAUGAAAAACACGACGAAGAAACCUUGGCAGCUUUAGAUGUUGAAGAAGGUGAGACCCCGUCUGAUACCAAUGGCUCUACAACAGAAUCUGAUGAAUCGGGGAACCGCCCCAAGAAGAAAGCCCGAACCGGAGAGGAUUUCCUUGACAAUGUAGACGAAGAGGAAGAAGAUGAGGCCGAAGAGGAUGACACCGAUGCUGAUAACGACAGUGACGAGUCUCUUCCGCAGCCGCUCGGAGGGAGUGAUGAUGACUCCGAUAGUAAGGAUGAUCUUCAAGAAUAUAAGGAAUACCUAGAGGAACACCACAUGACCGAUUUAGAGUCAAGUCGAGAAUCCAAGUAA